AUGGCUAUUGGUGAAAACACAACGAAUUCCACAAAUCCGGCCUUGGAUUCAACAAAUCCGCUUUACAUGCACCCAUCUGAGAGUGCUGGUUCUAUGCUUGUACCAGGAUUGUUCGACGGAUCCGGCUAUAGAUCGUGGAGAAGAGGAGUACUGAGAGCUCUCUCAGUGAAGAAUAAGGUAGGAUUCAUAAACGGAAAGUGCACAAAGCCAAAUCCUCAGGAUCCUAGCUAUGAUCAGUGGGAACGCUGCGAUGACAUGGUCACAUCGUGGAUCCUGAACUCUAUCUCAAAGGGCUUGGCAGAUAGUCUACAAUAUGUUAACAAUGCUCAAGAGUUAUGGAAAGAGCUUGAGGACAGAUAUGAUCAAACAAACGGGGCAAAAUUAUAUCAGUUGCAGAGGGAGAUAAAUGAUUUGAGCCAAGGAACCCUAGAUAUCACUGGGUACUACACUAAAAUGAAGAAACUUUGGGAAGAACUAAACAUGUUGAAUGCACACACUCAAUGCAGAUGUAAUUGCACAUGUGGUGCUAAGGCGAGUAUGCAGAAAUCUGAGCAAGACAGAAGGUUGAUUCAAUUUUAA